GUAUCUGGAAUGCAGCAUUUCUGAACAGUCAGAUGUACGACAGGAUACACAGCAGCCGUGAGGAAGAGCUCAGCGUUUACAGAACAUCCCCGUAAAAACUUCAGCUGUGCUGUUGCUUGUUUGCAGGGUCCAGCAGGAAAUCGGUCUCCUAAAAAUACUCAGAUUGUUAGCCUGUCAGUUCAAAUCCAGUAGCUGAUUGAAAGGAGCUAAGGCCGGCUAACUGCCUGUUAGCUAGCAUGCUGCUUCCUCAUCACAUCAGACUGACGCUCCUGGAUUAAUUGAACCUCGUCAUGACUAAGUUAAGAUGCCGGAAAUCGGAAAGUUUAAAAGAAGACACUGAAGAAGAAGAACGACAAGAUGAGCCGGACCUUAAAACCAAACAUGUGGACACGGAGGAGGAAAGGGUGAGUGUGUCCAGAAGUGGAUGUGAUGAUGGUGAAAGUAAAGAAGACUCAAACAGACCCCAGUCAUCAUUCACUAGAUCCCAAAAGAGCUCUGCAGCCAUUGGUCUUUUUCAGUUUCUGGUGCGGGUGGUCUUCGGAUGUGUGGCGGCUGUUGCCUGUGGGAUGCUUUAUGCUGCGUAUUUGUCUGCAUAUCAUGACAGGAAGUUUUGGUUUUCAACUAGACAGGAGCUGGAGCGUGAAAUCACUUUCCAGGGAGGCAGCGGGCUUUAUUACUACUACUACAAGCACAUGUUGGCAGCACCGUCAUUUGAAAGAGGGCUUUAUGAGCUGACGAGAGAUAACAGGACUGUUUCUGGUCAGACCAUAAACGCAGUGGAGCGUCUGUUUCUUUACCCAGAGCUCAUAACAAGCUUCAUAUACAGAGUCACGGACAGCCAGGACUUUGUGGAGCCCGUCUACUUCUACAUUGGAGCCGUUUUUGGCCUCCAGGCGGUCUACGUCACCGCCCUGUUUGUGUGCAGCUGGGUGAUGAGCGGCAGCUGGGUGGCGGGCAUGCUGGCUGUGUCCUGGUACGUGAUCAACAGACAGGAUACAACCAAAGUGGACCAUGCUAUUCCUCUGCGGGACAACUGGGCUCUGCCUUACUUCUCCUGUCAGGUCACUGCUUUAACUGGAUUCCUGAGCAACAACAUCCGCUCUGCCACCGAGAUGUUCUGUUAUCUCACCAUGAGUGCCACCACCUUCACCUUCCUCCUGGUCUGGGAACACGCUCACUACGUGCUGUUUGUUCAAGGCCUCUGCCUGCUUCUUCUCGACUCUUUUGACCUGGUGCCGCCACGCAAGAUGGCCGACAUUCAUAAGGUGUACCUGAGCUCCUUGUUCCUGGCCUACCUGUUCCAGUUUCAGAACUCGACCCUGCUCAGUUCGCCUCUGCUCAGCCUUUUGAUUGGCUCAGUGCUCGCGAGGUACUUCCAGCAAAAGAUGAAGAUGGGUCCUCUUGUGGCCAGAGUGAUGAAGCUCUUCCUGCACUUCCACCUGGUCUUCACCACCGGCAUCACCUUCAGUUAUCUGGUUAAGAAACUUCUACCUGGAAGUGAGAGCGACUUCAUGUUGAAGUUCAUUGAAGUAAAAUUAGGGCUCAACACAACAACCGAGUUUGUCCCAAACUUCCUCUUGUGCCAAGAUGGCCUCCAAACGCCCGGUCAGGACUUAUUCCUGCGACUGACACAGGCGUCGGUUCUUCCCUUCUACCUGCUGGUGCUCGCUGUCUGCUUGCUGUCCACCCUGCAGGCUGUCUACCGGAGACUUAGUGGUCAGCCGAUGAAUACCACCCACCGACUUGAAGACGGACGAAUAGGAGAGCAGCCGGCUGUCAUCUAUCAUGUUUUUCACACCUUGUUCUUUGGAGCCCUGACUCUGUUGUUUAAUGGGAUGAAGUAUUUAUGGACGCCGUAUGUCUGCAUGUUUACAGCAUUCGGAGUGUGUUCUCCAGAUCUCUGGAUGACGGUGUUUAAGUGGCUCAAACUGAAAUCCAUCCAUCCUGUCAUUUUGUCUCUAAUUCUGAGCACUGCUGUUCCCACAAUCAUCAGCUUCAGUUUGUGGAGAGAGUACUACCCUCGAGUCUUGGCGGAGCUGGCAGAUAUACAGGAAUUCUACAACCCAGACACGGUGGAGCUGAUCAGCUGGAUCAGGUCACAGGCCCCGAUGGCGGCUGUGUUUGCAGGCAGCCCUCAGCUGUUGGGAACGAUAAAGUUGUGCACUGGUUCAAUCGUUACUAGUUUACCACUUUACACAGACAUGAACCUGCUGAAGAGGACUGAAGAGACCUACCAGGUUUAUGCAAUGAGAUCUGCAGAGGACGUCUAUAAACUUCUGGCCGCUCAGAAAACAAACUAUGUGAUAGUGGAGGAGUCGAUCUGUAACGAGCUCACUCUUCAUAAAGGCUGCAGAGUCAAAGACCUGCUUGACGUCUCCAAUGGACACGUCAUCUACGACAAAGGAGAGAUGUACUCCUUCUCCAAGCACGGACGAUUUUGCCACGAGAUAAAGAUGAACUACUCGCCGUACACAAACUACUUCACCCGUGUCUUCUGGAACCGCUCGUAUCACGUCUACAAAGUGAACGCCGUCAUUUCCUUUCAGUACUGAUGGCAGCUCGUGCCUCCUUGCUGACGCUCCGCGGAGCACCGCCCUUCUUCGUGUUCCCGCCAUAUUCCCAGCUCGACACGCUGCAGACGUCUGAAUGCCAUUACACGUCCCGAAGCUUCACGCUCGAACCUGCAGCGAACAGCUGAACUACAUGCACUGUUAACGUAGGAACGUAUGGACGGUGCGGAAGUUACAAUAAUCACUGUACUGUAGUUUUUUAAACCAUGUUUUAUUGUCGAUGUUACUGAGAUAUGAUUAAUGAGGGAAGAUCUGUUUAUUUAUGCUUCAUACUGGCGUUGCCAUGGCAACAGCUGAAAUAUCCCAUCGGUUUUAGUUCUUUGAUGCCAGGGUAUCAACAUGUUGGAGAGAUGUCUCAUCAGAUAUUUAGUAAAUAACUGAAAACUUGAGUUGCUUCAGAGUUGAGUCAGUCCUCAGGCGCAUGCACGUGACGUGAGCACGCAACCCAACGUCUGUGAGCAGCAAACACACUCCCUCCCUGCUGUUAACUUCUUUUUCUUGACUUGUAUCCAAUGUCUCCGGCUUGUUCAGUUUAAAGUGACAUUGUGUGAACAUUACUGACAUCUAGUGGUCAAGUUGGAGAUGGCACCCAUCUCAACCGCUGUCUACCUAUUAUAGAUGAAUCCAGCGACUGUUUUGUGUGUAGCACCAUCUUGCAGCAUCACCAUCACUGCGUUGUUGAGUCCUAAUCGCCUUGUACCUGCUACCAUCUGCUGACAAGGAUAUGUGGACUGACUACGUUAGACCGUGGUCUACAGUUACAGAUAGGGAUAUCUUAUCUGAAGUUAUUCUGUUUUCCCUGUCAGUCAGACGUCAGUGCAUUAAUUUAAACUUCAUCUGGCAGAAGCUGCUUUUAAUAACUGACAGUCCACACUGGAAUACAAACAAAUCUAGUUAGAAUAAGUUAACACUAGUUGGUAAAGAAGUCUCUUCAAACUUUUGCAAAGGCUGUAUAUUUUCUUUUUUGUUAGAUAUUUGACAUAGUUAUGUUAUUUUUAUUUUUAGGUUCAUGACCUGUUUGUGUGUCUGACCGAAUGAUUUUUAUUUUCUGGUCACACCAUUACACUAAUAAGAGCAAAUAACCUUACAUUUCACAAUAUCUCCCAAAGUAGUCUAGGCAACACCACUGCCCUUGUCUCUUAGGUCAUUACCAUUAAUUAUUACAACAAACAUACUCAUGGAGACACACAUAAUGGUGGAGUGUGUAA